GCGAGGCGGGGUCAGCGGCUACCAACCUCUGUGCGCAGUGUCCUUCACGGAGAAGCCAGCGAUUGUGAGCCGGGCUGUAGAUCUUUCCAGAACAGCACUUGCAACCACUAUGCCUCAGUCCUGGGUGCCCGCCGUGGGCCUCACUUUGGCACCCAGCUUGGGGGGCUUCAUGGGAGCCUACUUUGUGCGUGGUGAGGGCCUCCGCUGGUAUGCUAGUUUGCAGAAACCCUCCUGGCAUCCACCACGCUGGACACUGGCUCCCAUCUGGGGCACGCUAUAUUCGGCCAUGGGGUAUGGCUCCUACAUAGUCUGGAAAGAGCUGGGAGGUUUCACAGAGGAGGCUGUGGUCCCCUUGGGUCUCUACACUGGUCAGCUGGCUCUGAACUGGGCCUGGCCCCCCAUCUUCUUUGGUGCCCGGCAGAUGGGCUGGGCCUUGGCUGACCUCCUGCUUGUCAGCGGGGUGGCGACUGCCACCACCCUGGCUUGGCACCGAGUGAGUCCGCCCGCUGCCCGCUUGCUGUACCCGUACCUGGCCUGGUUGGCCUUUGCCACCAUGCUCAACUACUACGUAUGGCGUGAUAACUCUGGCCGGCGAGGGGGCUCCCAGCUCGCAGAGUGAGGGCACCCAGCCAUCAGGAAUGCAGCCCUGCCUGCCAGGCACCAUGGGUGGCAGCCAUCCUGCUUUCAUGACCAUUAGGCCUGCUGGUCUACCUGGUCUUAGGCCAGGAAGCCACCAGGUAGGUCAAGGUGGUCAGUGCCAAGUCCCACGCGGGGACAGUUGUACCUGCCUUUCUGCACUGCUCCAGGCAUGCCCUAGGAGCAUGGGGUUGUUAAAGCUGAAUAAAGUGUCUAACUUCCUGUGUAA